ACUUAAAUAAUUUGCAAGGUUGAUCGGAGUCAGCGGUCUGUCUACAUAAAUACUCGCUUCAGCAAGACCCAAACCUAGCUACCAAGACACUCCUCAACUUAAGGUCUCAAGGUGUGCUCAAGUAAACCAAAGAUGUCACUUGAUCGAGAGCCUAUGAUGCUACUGUCCCAGAAGCUCGCCGGCGGCUACCAUCUCAACGCCCAACUCCAAGCACUGCUCGGCCGCCCCCUGGAUAGCCGCCGCCAGGAGGAGGCCAUGGCGUUCAGCCAAGAGCUCUCGCGAGUGUUCAUGGAGUCCAUGUCCGUGCUGAAGCAUGCGAACAGUGACAGAUUGGACGUGGUGAGGACGGCGCCGGAGAUCAUAAUGACUGGCAAUAGCACUGCCUUCAGCGCUCCUACCAAGGAUAAACGCAUCAGUGGACAAGAUGCUACUCCCCUCAAGAGGAGUAGAGAGGAGGAGGAGGUUACGAGGAAGGAGAUCACAACCUCGCCACACAAGGAUGGAUACCAGUGGAGAAAAUACGGUCAAAAGAACAUUCAGAACUGCCUUUUCCCAAGGUACUACUACAGAUGCAACCGUGAUCGGUGCUGCGCAGCGAAGAAGAAAGUGCAGCAGCAGGAUAACGGCAGCGCCUGCAGCGACGGUCCAAUGUUUGAGGUCACUUACGUGAACGAGCACACAUGCCAUGCAUUACCUUCCAACGAUCACACUGCUAGGAUAACGUCGCCCAAGACCACGAGCCACGCCCUCGGAGUCGUGGACUCCUCAAGAAAUGGCUCGUCUGAUCUGAUGUUUCCCCACAUCGGCGGCGGCAGCGUCGACGAGAACGAGGCCAUCGUCUCGUGCCUCGCGACGGUCAUCAGCGGAACCGCGCCGUCGCCGCGGCCGCCAGCCGAAGCGGGUGCAAGUGACCCGCCAGCGUACGUGCCACCGGGCAGCAGCAUGGCGGACGAAAUGAUGGUUGGCAUUGGUUUUUCGUGCGAUCCGUUGUCGUUUUGCCCCGGGGGGGCAGCCGAGUUGUUCGACCACUGCGACAUGCACAUGGAUGUGCCCCGGACCAUGGACACGGUGUGGCCGCGGCACACUUGAGGUGCUUGGCGUUUAAAUUGACUGCGUCCACAUUUGGGGGACAGCCAUGUUUCGCAAAGCAUACAGUGCAUGGAAGCUGCUGCGUGCAGGGCCAUGUCGAUCAUAGAUUCAUAGGUAGCUAGUGAUAGUGACAAGCGAUUAUUUGAGACAAGAUGGGUAAGCUGCCAGAAGUUGCUCGGCCAGAUCAAGCCGGCAGAAAAACAGUCGGUGUUGACUAGUGUCUAAUGAGUAUAUGUGUGUGAGAGAGAGGAGCUGUUGUGUGUUUUGUAACCACCAUUCAUGGGAAGUAAAUUC